CACGGACAACAACACUGUCCUAUUCCAGUAAGCUUCGUUAAACAAUCGUUUUCAAUCACGUCGACACGCUGAUCGCAGAGGAAGUCAUUUACUUGCCUAUCUCGUCGAUAUAAGAAUUACAGUUAAAAACAAUGACCAAUCGAGAACGGUAGUUAAGCCAGCUAGUAGAGGGGUGAGCGUGUUUUACCGGCGACAACAGCACACGGUAUGCAGAUACGAAGCCGGGGUAAACCGGGAAGCCGUAGUUCACGGGACUGUAGUAAACGUGAUAACUCCGAACAGUCAACGACAUUCGGAAGCCGGCCACGUUCUAGAAUUCAGAUAAACGAAAAUGCGGCUGCUCCUGUUUCAAAUAUCGCCGCUGUUGUACCUGCUGACGGAGAUCGGCGCAGCGGGGAUCGGCAAAGCAUGGCAGAUUCUCCCAUACGCGACCGAUUACUGGAAUCACCCAUCGUGGCCGCGGCUCGACUCAUCCGCGUUCGAAGUUCGCAGCGUGAGCGGCGUCGGUCAUCUCAACCCUCUAGAAAUCACUCAAAGUGAUACGAAGAAACUCGACCAACCGAAGUCCGCGGAACCCAACACCGUUCGAACAUCCAAAACACGCUCUGCGUUUAACCAGAAGUAUCCCGUUCGAUUCGAACCCAUCCUCGACGAUUCGUACGAGACGAACAACGCGGAAGUCGACGACAAGAUCUUUGGAACAGAGACGGCGAUGACCGUGUUACAUCCGAAAUAUGACAAAAAUCCGUCCAAGGACGAGGCAAUGAAAGCUGUGUCGAGGGUACGUCGCGACACCGAGAACGAAACGAAGUUGGAGCAAAUAUCUAGCAGUAAGAACGUUCGAGAGGUGCGUCUGAGCUCGCCGGAGAACUGGUCCACGCAGCCGCUGUCAAUCGAGUUCUCCCACAGAACUGGCCUGGACCAGAUGAUCCAGCAAACCGUGGACGACGAGGAAUUGCCAAAUGCGAGAGGUUACCACGCUCCGCGCGCCGAUUUCGUCACCAGCCCGCAUAGAAGGAGUUACGAGUACCGAGAGGCGAGAGACAUGCCAGCUACGAGAGGUUACGACGACUACGACGCCCCGUGGUACAGAAGCGUCGUCAGGGACCGAGACUACGAUCCUCCCGCCUAUCGUCGUGGCUACAAUUACUAUUACCCCGAUCGGUACAGAAUGGAAAGAGACUACUACAUGCGCGUUCCAAACGAUUAUUCGUACUAUUACGAUCGGUACAGGGACGAGGAUUUGGACCUCUACGGUCGUAGCAGGCCGACGCCCAAACCCAAGAGGAUCAUCUACUACGCCACACUUCCGGAAAUAGUGAGGAAACCCGUGGAUCUGAGAAACUAUCCCAGACCGUACGACGGAACCAGAACCGUGCCAGUUUCUAGGGAUGGAAGUUACAAACGUAUACCGGGGAACGUCGAUCCCAACAGAUACCGAUACAGACACCUUUACGAUGGUUACGAUAAUUACUCGAAGAGAUCGAGCUUCGAGAGGCCUUACACUUACACCGAGGACAAGGAGGAGAGCCGUCGUAAAGCGACGCUGGAGAAUCUUCGGAAUAGCGACCCGUACGAUCAGAACGGGGACAGGAAGUUGGCCAAUCAGAUCUCGGUGAGGAGCGACGGGAAGCUGCCCUGGCCGGUGCAGAUCGGGACGGAAGUGAGCGUGAAAGAUAACGAGAGAAUCUCUGGAAGGAAGAUCUUUGGGGAGAGCAACGGGUACGAGAGAUUCCAAAGCGCGCAGCUGCAGAAGGCACCGGACGCGACUGGCUCGAGCGAGCUGCAAAGCGAUAAUUAAAAUCGUCGGAAUGAAUUUCUUUCUUUUCGCAGUUUUCAGUAGCAGGACUCGAUCGAGAAGGAUUCUGGAUACCGAUUUGCUUGCUUUCACGCGUUUACUGCCUUUUUCUACUAAAUUUUGACAAACACUCUGACAAGGAUAGUUUAUAAAUUGGAAAAUUCAAAAAUGUUUGGAAAUUUUCAUACAAAGACAAAGAGGAGAGAAACAGGGGAUGUCUUAAUAGUAAAUGAUGUUUCAACGUUUACUGCGCAAACCGGAAAUUCUCAGUAAAUUAAAACAAUAUUAAUUUCUGUAGCUUCUAGGAUUUCUCUAUUUCUUUGAAUUAAGCAUCUGUACAUCUUUCCCUUUUAUUUCGAAUCUUCCAGUAAACUAGAAUAAUUCUUUCUUAAUUCCUUGAAGACAAGAUUUCUUAUAAACGUCAAUGUUCCCGUUACAAUCUUGAUAUAAUUUUUAUUAGAGAACACGCUUUGCUUAACAAAGUAAAAUUUCAGAAUUUUGUUGUUGUACAUUGUUGUAGUUGUACAAUAUAGAAUUUUCGAAAAUUUUUCGUCACAAUAUCACUUUUAAUUUAACUUCUUUUUCUGUAUUUUAUGUAUUAUUCUUAUACAUAUUUCAUAAAUAUUCACUGCAAUGAGGGGAUAACUCAAUGCCCAGGAUAAUUUUUUCAGCAAGAAAGAAAUUUAUUCCUUUAUUAUCAGCAUGUAAGUGACAUUUCGUGCAAAUUUUUAGAUUUUUCUGAAUUUUCCAGUUGUCGAACUUCCCUUGUAAUAUUCAAGUCGAAUGUUGUUAAAGUUGAGGUCAGGAUAGCUCUUUCAAGGCAGAUACUUUUAUAAUCAAGUGUAUUGUGAUUUUACGGACUCUGCGUUAUUUCUCCUUACUUAUUUGUCAUUAUACAUCGCUCGUGGUAUUUGCCCUAGUGCUUGCGAUUAAUAUUUUUAACACAGAAUUCUUUUAACGAGAUUUUUCUGUACCGAUUUCUCAUCGUCGAAUAUAAAUUCAAUAUAGUUUACAGUAAAGAGCCAAAGUACUUACGUAUCACAGGGGUUGGUGACGAUUUCCAGACAAUUUCUUUUAUGUACGAAAUCUUUAGAAAAAGGCGAACUGUAUUUAUUACUAAAUUAUAUUGAACACAAUGUUGCAUUGUACAUUUUGUUUAUUAAUAUACAGGGAAACGAU